UGAGCCGAUGGCCCACGUAUCAGAUAUUAAACUGAUAAGAACAGAUACUACACUUGAUCUUAGCCAAAAGGCCGAGAAAGGUAUGCCUUCUAUCAUGCUCCCAUCUUCAUUUUUAUUCAUCCAAUUCUCUCUGCUGUUGUUCCGUUUUCCCGAUGUGGGACGAAUGAACCAUUGCUGUUGCAAUGAGACCCAGAAAACAACUAUGUGGGAAGCCUUGCUUGCAGCUUGGACCGUUGAGGAAGGAAGACUAAUGCCAACCAUCUAUCUACCUAAUCCUUCCAACUGUUGGUGGCAUGGCAGAAACCAAACCCAACACCAGGAUACGACGAGAAGGGGAGAUCAAGCAUGCCAGACCAGUUUUUGUGUGUUGAAGAUUAUAACGAAACGGUUCUUGACAUGCAGAAGUAGCAGAGGCAGAAAGAUGUUUGGAGCUAAAUUUUCUAUUGUGUUAACUUUUAACCAUUUUCAUUUUUGAAUUUAAUGUUGCUAUUAUUACAUGUAUUGGUAUUAUGUACUAGUCAGAUUCAAAACAGUUGGAA